AUGGCGUCGCAACCUAUCAAUGUUCUUCUGACCUCUUUCCCUGGACUGCCACUUCCUCCAACGCUCUCACUCUCUUUUCCCCCGACAUCGACCGUCUCCGAUCUCACAGAGAGGAUCGCCUCUUACUUGCCUGAGUCCUUGCGUCGGGCCGCUGUUGAUCUGAUCCUUACUACCACCAGCAACAAACAACUCCUUCCAUCCUCGUCAGAACGGCUUUCGUCACUGAUUUCUACCCAAGAUGGCUCCUCUCAGACGUUCGGCUCCUCUCUUCUUCCUCUGCGCCUUACUGUUCCCCUUCGCGGAGGGAAGGGUGGUUUCGGUUCUCAGCUCCGUGCCGCUGGUGGUCGCAUGUCUAGCAAGCGCAAGCGCAAUCAAGCCGAAGACAAUGGCUCUAAUCGGAAUCUCGACGGUCGCCGUCUGCGUACCGUUAACGAGGCCAAAGCCCUGGCUGAAUACCUUGCGGUAAAGCCCGAGAUGGAACGCAAGGAAAAGGAAGAGCGCAGACGCAGGUGGGAAGCUAUAGUCGAAUUGGCAGAAAGACGCCAGGAAGAGCUCAAGAACGGUGGCGGAAAGAGUAGAAUAGACGGAAAGUGGAUGGAAGACAAGGAAGAAAUGGGCGAGAAGGCCCGAGAAGCGGUUCUCAGUGCGAUGAAGGAGGGAAUGUGGAAGGACAACCUGCGAGAUGAGCUUGUGGGCGGCUCGAGUACCAGUGCUAGCGAAGCCAGCUCAAGCCGAGAAUCCAUCAGCGCGAGUGAGAGCAGCGAAGAAGAGAACGAAGAAAAGGACCUAUCUAGAUCGUCAUCUGGAUCGUCAUCAUCGUCGAGCAAGCCUGCGGCUCCGCGGAGGUACAUUGGAUUUGACGAGGAUGAUGAAUUUAUGAUCGAUGAUGAAGAAGAGGAAGCCGAUCAGGAACCUGAUGAAACCGAAGGGAAGGAAGUUCAGUACUACUCCGUAUGGAGGUUAUCCUGCAGACAUACUCCAUGUUCCUAUUUAAGGACUCUUAGGAAGUUAUCCAGGUCAUAUACGUUAUCAUCAUCAUCCUCCUCCCUUGGUUUACAGAGCUCGUCCUCCGCAUCGGCAUUACAAGCAACAUGGAUACAUUCUGCUUCGCCGCUAUCGAAAUUGCACGCGUACAAGCGCGAGAGUAACCUUCGACUUCCCUCAACGACGAAAAGACAGAAAUUUCUGCAUACUACAGCUGCUGCUCUUCAAGAGUCACCAGCAGCAGAAGUAGCAGUCAACAAUAAUGAUCCUCCUCCGUCUGUCCCGGAGUUGUCUUCGUCCUCGCCGUCGCCGCCUCCUUCUCCUGUACCUAAAGAGAUUCUCCCCCUUUGUUGUCCGGGAUGCGGUGCUUAUGCUCAGACAAUUGACCCGAACGAGCCGGGUUAUUACAGCAAGACCCGGAAAAAGACUCGCAAACAGUUGAAGCAGGCCAAGGAAGCGCUCGAAAGCCAGAAGAAGCAGAAAUCGCAAUCGGAACAAAAGAAGAAUGAAGAGGGCGCGACUGUUGAUAAAGAGAGCAGUGGCUCUUCAGAAGCCCAGGAUGAAAAAGCUGGGAGCGAAGAUACUACGUCGAAAGAAAAAGCCCCUCCCAAGCCAGCAGGUGAUGUCCUUCUUGAAGACCCCGAGGCCGCAACCCGCUUUGUCGAAAUGACGACUCCUCCCACACAGCUUUGUGACAGAUGCCACAACCUCAUUCACCACAACCAAGGUGAAUCCGCGCCAACGCCUACGGUUGAAUCUAUCCGUGCAUUACUGGAAGAAUCCCCGCACAAGAGUAACCGCGUAUAUCAUAUCGUCGAUGCGGCCGAUUUCCCCAUGUCACUGAUCCCAAACAUUUACAGCGCCCUUGACUUGCAGGAGCAGCGGUCAAAGAACCGAAGAGCAAAGACUGAAAAGUACAAAAAGGGAAAGAAGAUGACGACAGUCAGCUUCGUGAUCACACGUUCGGAUCUGCUAGCGGCAACGAAGGAGCAGGUGGACUCCCUGAUGCAACGUGUGCGCAAGAUAAUCCUCGACGUCCUGGGAUUGAAACAGGAGGAUGUUCGCCUGGGGAACGUGCAUAUGAUCAGCGCUCAUCGGGGCUGGUGGACGAAGAAAGUGAAGGAAGAGAUAAGGGAGCACGGAGGUGGGAUUUGGGUAGUGGGCAAGGUCAACGUCGGGAAAAGCAGCUUUAUAUCUUCUUGCUUCCCCAAGGAUUCCAAGAAUCUCGAAAAGGUUGCGGAAUUACUCCGUCGCCGGCAGGAAGCAGAGUCCAUUGAAGCUGCUGGGGCGGUGGACGACUCGGUUCUUCUGAACUCGGAUAGUCUUCUGCCGCCUGCUCCUCGAGAAGAACUGUAUCCCACGCUGCCCGUUGUCUCCUCACUUCCAGGGACGACCGUCUCGCCUAUCCGAAUCCCAUUCGGGAAUGGAAAGGGCGAGAUGAUCGACCUGCCUGGUCUCGAUCGAGGGAGGCUUCAGGAUUUCAUCAAAGACGAACAUAAGAGCGAUCUGAUCAUGACGAAACGGAUCAAACCGGAACGGCUCACAAUCAAGCCCGGUCAGUCCCUUCUUCUGGGCGGUGGGUUGAUCCGGAUCACUCCCGUCCUGGAUGGAACGGAACAGGUGCCGGUGUUGGCCGCCUGUUUUGUGCCCAUAGAUACCCACGUGACAAAGACCCAGAAGGCGAUCGAGAUCCAAGCCAACCAACGUCCAUAUAAUCCAGGACGGCAAGUCGAUGUGAUCGUCAAGGACGGCGUUUUUGGCAGCCACAUCAUAUCCUCCGCGGGGAUCUUCGAGCUGGACGUGGAUGUCACGCACAACCAUCUCCCGAGGCUGAUGAAGAAACGCCUGGAAGACCAAGGGAUCAAGCCCCCGCCCAUGCCUUACAGGGUUAUGUCGCGGGACCUCCUCAUCGAGGGAUGUGGCUGGAUCGAGCUAACGGCUCAAAUCCGGGCAAAGACGUUGGAGAACAGUGGCAGCAACAGCAGCAACAGCAGCGACAGCAGCAGUGACAGCGACUCGUCAAAGUCAGAGCCAACGCCCAAACCAAAGCCAGUACUUCCACGCGUGGAAGUCUUCAGCCCUCACGGCCAGCACAUCGGAUCUCGAAUCCCGAUGGAGACAUGGAACUUCAUCCAGGAGAAGAAGCUCCGAGACAAACGGAAGAAGAAGGGUCGUCCACAGCGGCAACCUAUAAGCCAGAAGAAGCGGGCGAGUCAUGGUGCGAAAGUAUGA